AUGCCUGCCGCGACCCGUGCCGCUGUGGGUCGAUCCGCGACGCGUACCCCUGACCCCGACAAUCCCCCAUCAUCACCACCAGAAAUACAGCGAAGCAGAUCAGGCCGGGAGGUGAGGCGGCCAGGGCAUCUCAGUGAAGAGCAAGAAAGAAACGCUGAAAACAAGGCAACACAUCUCAAACACAAAAGAAACGUGCCAACGGCAACCCUUAGAGGCCAACCAAUCACAGAGCUUAGAGACCCCAACCAAGCACGUGACGCCAAUCAAACAGAAACACAAAGGCUGCUCUUGGAACUGGUAGAUCUACGUGAGGAACUACUCAAUAGAGACACUCAACACCAGGAGGAACUUCUCCGAAGAGACACCCAGCACCAGAGGGAACUGCAAAAACUAGGAGAGGCCUUAGCGACGACCCAACGCGAAUUGGAAGAAAUCAAAGGCCACAUCACCUCAACGAACCCAAGCGCGUGCUCAUACGAAGGACACAGUGAAAUCAUCCAGGAACUCCAGUCUUUACGCAGCGCGAUCACCACUCCAGCCACCGCAAGUGACGAACCGUCAUGGGCGGCGGUAGUAGCGAACGGGAACAAAACCCAAUCGAUCCUCUGGAACACCACACCCGGAGGCAGGAAAAGACAAGCCAAGGAAACAAACUGCAUCAGAGACAAACCUACCGCCCAAAGUGGCGACUACUCAAAUCCAGAAAGCGCUCUGCAACGCACCGGCAACACAGGACACCCAGGUCCUUGGGGUCGGAAUCACAAGAACGGGAUACUUGAUCCGAUUCCAAAAUGA